UCCCAGCCCGUGAUUUGCAAGUGCGCAAGCGCGCGCGCCCCUCCGCGCAUGAGCAGUGCUCCUCCGAGCCCGCCAGCCACGGUCUCCGGCGCCAGCUACGCCGCGGCCGCUGUCACUAUGGCCCAUUACAAAGCCGCCGACUCGAAGCGCGAGCAGUUCCGGAGGUACUUGGAGAAGUCUGGGGUGCUGGACACGCUGACCAAAGUGUUGGUAGCCUUAUAUGAAGAACCAGAGAAACCUAAUAGUGCUUUGGAUUUUUUAAAGCAUCACUUAGGAGCUGCUACCCCAGAAAAUCCGGAAAUAGAGUUGCUCCGCUUAGAAUUGGCAGAAAUGAAAGAGAAAUAUGAAGCUACUGUAGAAGAAAAUAAAAAACUGAAAGCAAAGAAUGGCAACAUAGAGGUUGGAUAAUCACACCUUAGGUGGAAAUGACCUGCUUAAACUGCAGUACCAGCCAGUGAUGUUUCAGAAUCUGGGGUCAGCCUGGCUUCUGGAGAGCCUCUUCAACAUUUCUAUCAAGGAUUUGGGUGAAGACUGUGUAUAAGAAGAUACUUAAUGGAUCAGAAAAUGGAUCUCUUCAGUCCUGCUAUGCUUCAGCUGGCUUAUCUAUAAAAUAUAGAUUUCACAUCUUGCCUUCCUCAGAAGGUUGCUGUAAAGAUCAAAUUAAAUAUUGUGGAUGUAAAACAAGUGCCUUGAAAACUGCAAAAGGGUUACAUACAGAUCAGGUGGUAGUAGUGCUAAAUCUGUAAGUGCCACAAGGGCUGGUUGGGUAGACAAUACUGGAACAAAUCUUAAAAUGAUUAUCAAUCUGGAAGUACCCAAACUGCUGGACCUAAACCAAAAGCUGAAAUAUCAAGUCUUAUAUUUAGGUUAAAAAUGCAGUUAUAUUAGUUUAGAAAAUAAGAUUGUUAACAAAGUACUAGUUCCAGUGAUUGUCAGUGUGAACGACUUUAUAUUCCACGGAUACUUUAAAAAAAAUUUCCAUUCUGGAAAGCAUUAGGAAUAUUGUCCAGGUGCUAAAUAGUUAUCCUGAAGGUUGUAUUGGUUAGUACUGCUCUGUAGGUGCCAGACAUUGGAAGGAUGUUGAUAAGUUUGAAUGCAUUUAAAGGAAGAACAACCAUAGGGAAAGGGGAUUUGAAAAUAUGAGUCUGUUGUUCAAUAUGGUAGCUACUAGCUGCAUGUGGUGAUUAAAAUUAAAUAAAAAUCAGUUCCUUUGUCACACAGGCAAUGGUUCUAAUGCUCAAUCCACAUGUGGCCAGUGGCUACCAUAUAGAACAAAUUCAGAACAUUUCUAUCAUUACAGAAAGUUCUAUGGAACCGUUCCAUAGAAGGAAUAGUUGAGGGAACUUAAGAUGUUUAGUAUGGAAUAGAAAAGACCCUCUUGGUGGGUAAUGAAGACUGCAGUUUAAUAUCUGAAGGGCUAUUAGGAAAACAUGAUUCUAUUGUGUUCCAUUAUAGGCUUCAGGGUGUGAUUACUGACUUGAAUAAGAAAGUUUUAAGCAAAACUCUACCACAAUGGAAUAAGCUACCUUUUGAGAAAGUGAGCUCUCCUUCUUUGGAAUAUAGUCCAUGGGUUCUGCAUCCAUGGAUUCAACCAACAGUGGACUGAGAAUAUUUGGGAAAAAAAUGGUUUCUGUACUGAAUAUGUACACAUUUUUGUGUCUUGUCAUUAUUCCCAAACAAUACAACUACUAUUUGGGUAGUAUUUGCAUUGUUAGGUAUUAUAAGUAUGUAGGGAUGCUACAGAGUAUAUGGAAGGAGGAUGUGAGAAGGUUAUAUACAACUAGGCCAUUUUAUGUAAGGGACUUGAGCAUCCAUGAAUCCCUGUGGUGGGCAGUGUUGGAAGCAAUCCUCCCUGGAUACCGAAGACUAGUUAGGUGCAUUCUGCAUCGUUUACCAGUCAGACACACUAUAGAGUUGAUUCUUUUAGGUGAAAGGUUGGGUUAGAAUGACCUCUAAGGAUGUCCUACCUUUAACUUCUAGGUUCACACAUAACCAAAUCCUAGACCUGUAUGAAGUGUACUUUGCCUUCAUAAUAAAAAAAUCAGUCUCCUUGGAAGAUCAGGACCACCACCCUAACCUUUUUAUAAAACGUAUAUGGCUGUACUUUAAGAGGAUUCUGUUGUCAAAUUUCCUUCUAGAGACUGAAAAGCAAAAAUUCUUGUAUUUUUCUCAAACAUAUUUGGUAACCAACAUUUGCUUUAGUGU